GGAUAAGACGGCACGCAAGCGAACACUCGCGGUGAGGAAUUGCAUGAUGUUAGAAACCGUGGGGUUUUGCAGCCGCACCACAAAUGCAUCCACAGCCUUGCCGCCCGUAUCAAGACCCGAUCACGGUUUUUGUGUCAUACCAGGCGGUUGCUGGUGCAAUGGCGGUGCUCCGUCUGCGAGGCCUCUGGAUUCGAGUUCCUCUCAGUCUCGGCUCUCUGGAGGUCUUGGCCCACAUUCUCCUGUGUGAGCUUGUAAGUCAGACACGAACCUUGUUUCAUCUUGGCCGUCGGGUUCAGUAUCCACCACAAGGCACAGUGAUCACCCCCAUCCCAUCCCAUCCCAUCCCAUCGGCGCCUCCUCUUUUUUUCUCCCUUCACCUGCUGUUGGCGGGUUGGGUUUGCGGCGUUUCAGCAUCUCGGGCCCGGGCAUCGAGAAAGAGAGACAAGAUGUGCUGUGCCGAAAUGGACACCCCGUUUCGUUUCCGCGCGCGCAAUCACCAAACUGCCGACACACUAGCUUCCUACCCGCUCGAUCCUAUUUCCUCCCCGGCACCUCCCCUUCCCCCAAGGCUGCGGUUCGUACAGAGAGUGCUUGGCUCGGAGGCAGCAAAGGAAACUUUUCCUAAUCUGCACAUGUUGCCGAUGAGCCGCUUGGGGACCCUUCUUCUCCUCGGCCAUCAGUUUCGAGCAUGUGCUGAGAUUGUAAUCCCAUCUCUGGAUGAUAGCUGUGGAGACGACGCUAGCUGUGAAUGUGAGGGCACUUUCAGUCUCACAACGUGCUUUGAAGAACAACGCACGAGUGCGUCUUGGGCCAUGUGCAGUCUGGAGGUGCCAGAUUGGAAGGUCAGAAGAGCAGAUGAGCGACAGGACGAAGUGAAGCGAGUGAUUGACAGGAGCCGAGGCGAUGGUAACUAGAGGGCCGUAAUUGGCCGAGGCGAUGGUGGCAUCCAACUCGUGAGCAGCCACCACAUGUUUGGAUGUAGGAAGAUCGAUGGCGGA